AUGUGCCUUGAGAAAGGCAGUCAAAGAAGCGGACUCCUCUGACGGACCCAGGGUUCGCGCAUGCGUCUUGAUGCUGGUUGAAGCCAAAACCCGGAGCCCAGGACACCAUCCUGCACAUGCGCAGGAGGCACAAUGACAGUGGAGCGUUGCCUAAGGCUCCGGGGAAAGUGUCUGGCCAUGCUGCACGUGACCCGAGGAGCCUGGGGGUCCAGGGUUCGAGUACGGCCGCAGUUGUCAGCACUCCUUGGGACCCCCCGAGCACUGUCAUCCCUGGCGGAAAAGAUGGGGGUGUACCGCAAGAUGUGGAACCCCACGGAGCCCCGCGACUGGGCCCAGCAAUACAGAGAGCGUUUCAUUCCGUUUUCCAAGGAGCAACUGCUCCGCCUCCUGAUACAGGAAUUCCACUCCAGUCCAGCAGAGAAGGCAGCCCUGGAGGAGUUCUCGGCCCAUGUGGACUUCUGCACCCUGUUCCACUACCACCACAUCCUGGCCCGGCUGCAGGUGCUGUAUGACCCCAUCAACCCUGACAGGGAGACCCUCGACCAGCCAUCACUCACGGACCCCCAGCGUCUGUCCAACGAGAAGGAGGUGCUGCAGGCCUUGGAGCCGCUGUUGGCCCAGGCCAACUUCUGCCCGCUGUCAGAGGACACCCUGGCCUACGCGCUUGUGGUCCACCACCCUCAGGAUGAGGUCCAGGUGACAAUAAAUUUGGAUCAGUAUAUCUACAUGCAGUUCUGGGCCUUGGGCCAGCGAGUGGGCCAGAUGCCCCGUAUGUCCAGUGUGGGCUCCAAGCGUGGCUUCUUCACCAAGCAGCCCCCUGCAGAGAGGAGGUACUUCAAGCGGGUGGUGCUGGCGGCGCGGACCAAGCGGGGCCACCUGGUGCUAAAGAGCUUCAAGGACACCCCGCUGGAGGGUCUGGAGCAGCUGCUACCCGAGCUCAAGGUGCGCACGCCCACGCUGCAGCGUGCUGCGCUCAACCUCACACUGGUGGUGUCCGGCCUGGUGUUCUUCGUCAACGUGGGCAUGGUGGUGCUGAGCGACCUCAAGGUGGCCACGUCCCUGCUGCUGCUGCUCUUUGCCAUGUUCAUGGGCCUGCGGGCCUCCAAGAUGUUCGGGCAGCGGCGCAGCGCGCAGGCGCUGGAGCUGGCGCACAUGCUGUACUUCCGCAGCACGUCCAACAACUCCGAGCUGCUCAGCGCGUUGGCCCUGCGCGCGCAGGACGAGCACGCCAAGGAGGCGCUGCUGGCGCACAGCUUCCUGGCUCGGCGGCCGGGGGGCACGCACUGCCCGCCCGAAGAGACCUCCCGAUGGCUGCAGUCGGAAGUGGAGAGCUGGCUCCGGGCCCAGUCUGGCUGUGAUGUGACCUUCAACGGAUCCCGGGCCCUGGGUCACCUGCAAGCCCUGGCCCCCAGCAUUGGGCUAUACCCUCCCCCGGGUUUCCCCAAACUAGACCCAUUGGCCCCAGGCACUGCCGGGGUCCAGCAGGCCGCCCCCAGCAGUAGAGCCCCGUGAUUGCCACCUGGUCAGGGGCUAAGCUCCGCCCCCUCCACGACGGGCUGCCAAUCACGGCUACUGCACUUUGUCACUCUCCAAUACCCAGUUACUGACAGGUAAAUUUUGGCUACGCUGUAUAUUUAAAGCAGUCAGUUGAGCCUGCUGCCGGUUGCUAGGCAUACCCUCUUCAGGAAUCGAAGCAGCUUUGCCCGGCUUCUGUUAUGGAACCCUUAGUCUUACCCUCUCUCUAGACAUCGAACCGGAGGAGGUGAGGCUGUUAGCCGGUCCCAACUGCUGAGCUUCGGCUCUGUAAGCCUCCAGGCAGAGGGGAGAGAGCUGAGCCCUCGCCAGGCAACGUAUCAUUGUCUUUUUUUUUUUUUUUUCCCCUGGUCUUUUUCGUUUUUAUCGGUACCGGGGAUCGAACUCACGAUUGCCUGCUUGCAAGGCAGGUGCUUAUGCCGCUGAGCUAAACCCCCAGCCCCAUAUCAAUUGUCUUUUUAGCCCGCUGGGUGCCUGUCCAUCACGGGCGCUGGGCGGGGCUCGGCACCCGCAAGUUGAGCCGCUUGGCUCCGCCCCCUGGCCCACCGCCAGCGGCAGCAGCUGGGCACCAUCGGCCAGGGGCAGCCGGUUGUCUCCGUAGAGAAGAAGCAACCAAUCCGAGUUCCUGGCGGAGCCUGGUCUUUGUAUCCGUGUGCUAGCCAUCUGGUCUACUGUCGGGGCUGAAGGUGUUGAAACCGUGCACCAGGCUGGCAGGUGUGGACCUGGCAGAAUCGGAGACCAAUCCCACCCAAGGCUCAUUGCAACUCAGGCUUCCAACGACCUCAGGUGCCUUCCCCGCCUGGGGCUCUCACCUUCUCUACAGAAACUACCUCGGUCUAGAGCCCCCUCCCCCAUGCAUAUUUAUUGGUCUGUGAAUUUCUUCCCAGUUCUCUCCCAAACAAAUAAAUCAUGUUUAAUAAA